AUGGUGAUAGACUUCUUAGAGGAGUACUCUGACUUGAGUAGUAGUAGCAACGUGGAAAAGGUUAUAGCCAAAUCUACUUUCUGUUAUGCCAUCAACCAGAUGAUUCAUGCAGGUCUGUUGCUGUCGCAAGUUUUAUCUGGCACAGCAAGAGAAGCAGCUCUUGCAAUUUUGGGAAGCAAAGCUGUGCCAUCUGAUCAGGUUGCCUUCUCGGACCAAAAGGCAUAA